GCACACACUCAGCGGAGGGAACGUUGUGGAGUACAGUACCAUGCGAGGAGAGGACGCCUGCUGACAGAAAGACGCACGGCUGUGGAUAUUGGUCUUCCCUCACCUUUUGGAUAAACUUGGGAGAUUGGAAAACCGCUUCCCCUGGACGCUUUUGACGCACAGCAACAAGGAGCUACUGAGAACUCCCCUGGAGUGGAGGAUUUAUUUGUGUUUUAGAGAUUUUUUUUUCUCUCCUGCACCUUUUGUUUACCUCGGUGUAAAUACUUCGGAAUAAGAAGCUGCGUUGUUGGCUGGUGACGCGGCUGCCCUGGAGAAACGAGAAGGAUGGCAGCCUGGUUCACCUUUACCAUCGCAUUCAGCACCACGUUGAUAUCACAGGUUUUCGGAUCCGGAGUUUUUGAGCUUGAUCUCCACGAAUUUAAAAAUCACAAAGGUUUGCUGGCAAACGGGAACGCGUGCAAACCCAACUGCAGGACUUAUUUCAGAAUUUGCUUGAAGAACUAUCAGGCUGUGGUCUCGCCAGGUGACUGCAUCUUUGGAAGUACAAUGACACCAGUGCUGGGGACAAACUCUUUCAGCGCCAAGGACAGGGGCACUUUACCUAGACCCAUUCAGAUACCGUUCAACUUUGGCUGGCCGGGGUCAUUUUCAUUAAUAAUUGAAGCCUGGCAUUCACCUUAUGGAAAUCUACCUGUAGACACCAGCAACCCAGACUUUCUGAUUAGCUUUUUCGCCAUCCAGAGACAGCUGGGUGUCGGAACCGACUGGUCUCAGGACACGCAGACCGGGAAGCAAACAGAGCUGAGGUAUUCCUACCGGUUCAUCUGCAACGAAAGUUACUACGGGGAAAGUUGCUCCAAAAAGUGCACGCCCAGGGACGACCGAUUUGGCCACUACACCUGCACCAGAGAUGGGCAGCUAUCCUGCCUGCCCGGCUGGAAGGGGAAAUACUGCGAAGAACCGAUCUGUCUGGAGGGCUGCAGCGAGAGGAACGGAAACUGCUCCAGACCUGGAGAGUGUGUCUGCAGAGACGGCUGGCAGGGCACCUUCUGCGACGAGUGUAAGAAGUACCCGGCCUGCAAGCACGGCACCUGCCAGCUGCCGUGGCAGUGCAACUGCCAGGAGGGCUGGGGAGGCCUAUUAUGUGACCAAGACCUGAACUUCUGCACCCACCACCAUCCCUGCGUGAACGGCGCCACCUGCAUGAACACCGGCCAGGGCAGCUACACCUGCACCUGCCUGCCCGGCUUCACCGGGGUCAACUGCGAGCUGGAGAUGCAGGAGUGCGACAGCAACCCCUGCAGGAACGGAGGCAUCUGCACCAACCUGGAGAGCGGCUACAUGUGCACGUGUCCCCAGGGCUUCGAGGGCUCCCACUGCGAGCACAGCCUGCUGACGUGCGCCGACUCGCCCUGCUUCCACAGCGGCAAGUGCUGGGAGAAGGACAAUGGCCGCAGCUACAUGUGCGAGUGUCCCCGCAGCUACACCGGACUCAACUGCGAGAAGAGAGUGGACAAGUGCACGUCGCUUCCCUGCGCUAAUGGUGGCCUGUGUUUGAUCCACGGCGGCAUGCGCAUGUGCAGCUGCCGCGCAGGAUUUACCGGCCAGCGCUGCGAAAUCAACAUCAACGAAUGCGCCGGCAGCCCCUGCCUCAACGGGGGCACCUGCCAGGACCGCAUCAACGACUACACCUGCGCCUGUCCUUCGGGUUACGGCGGCCGCAACUGCGACCGGAUCCUGGACGAGUGCUCCCUGCGGCCCUGCCUCAACGGGGGCCUCUGCACCGGAGGCGGCGGGCCGGGGAAGCCUCCCGCCACCUGCAUCUGCCCCUUUGGCUUCACCGGACCCCGAUGCGACUUCUUCGCCACCGUCACCACGGAGGGGAGCGUGGACGGUCAGGACGGCUUCCAGUGGGCGGCGGUGUCCCUGGCGGUGGGGCUGGUGGCGCUGCUGGUGCUGCUGUGCAUGGUGGGCCUGGCUCUGAGGCACAUCCACCGGCAGGCCCAGAGGCAGCGGGGAGAGUCGGAGACUAUGAACAACUUGUCCAACGUUCAGAGGGACAACCUGAUCCCGGCGUCGCAGCUGAAAAACACCAACCAGAAAGUCAGCCUGGAGGUGGACUGCGACACGGAGAAAUCAAACUUUAUCCAUAAAAACUAUCACUUGGACUCUUACAACUCCAAAGAGUUCAAGGACGAAAAGUCGCAAGAGGAUAAAAGUCUUAUUUACGACAAGUGUUUAGAAGAUAAAAUGCCCUUGAGUAGAAUGUACAGUGAAAAGCCAGAGUGUAGGAUAUCUACGAUAUGUUCCUCCAGAGACUCCAUGUACCAGUCGGUAUUCGUUAUAGCAGAGGAGAGGAGGGAGUGCGUCAUAGCGACUGAGGUAUAAGCUGUGAGGGGUCAGAAGGCAGAGGAACGAGGAAAAAAGGACACAAUCGAGGCAGAAUCGAAUAUUCUGGAUUGUUUACAAAUGCUGAGAAGAGACUGGAGAUCGUGUUCGAUGUUCACUGCUGCUCUGGAACACUUGAGAACUGGAGCGGGCCGGAAAGCCGCCGCUCCACGGACAGAAACAGAACAGAAACUUUAUGUUGACCAAGUGUUUGUAUGCAAAGCCCUGUACAGUGAAGGACCUCUCUCAGUUGUGACAAUGGACUUGGCAAACGGACUGACGACGCGAGGUGUGAAGAGACUGAAAUAUUAAUUUAUAAUCUGGGCCAUCCUGGACAGUGGAAGGAGAUGAAGGCGGAUCUUUGCCCCUCGUAUGUGACCCGGCCUUGUGCGAUAAUCAUGACUCUGACAGCCAACCAAUCAGUAAAAGAGAGAGAGAGAAAAAAAAGGUGCCUAAGAUUUGAACCCCUCCAAAUCUCUCCCCGCCCACACUCACUCCUGCCAGCUUCGCCUGCUAUGCAAGACUCAGGGUCGAGAUGAGUGAACUCACCCGCUGUCACAAUCCAACCUCACCAACGCUGAGAGUUAUGAAUGUCUGAAACCAGUCUUCAGCCGUCAAUCACGUGGAAAGCGACCGGUUGUGGACUCGUCGAUGCAAAGGGUGGAGAUUGUAUGCAGCCCAAAUUCACUAGAAGCCUUAAAAAAAAAAAGAGAGAGAGAGAUAAAAAAAAAAAAGAAGAGGGGGUUUGAAAUUUGUGCCCUUGUCUGUUCUUGGAUCAUUUGCACUACAAAAACAAACGGAAAAAAUUUUUAAUCAACAGGGAUCUGAGGAGAAAAAAAACCACAGGAGCGCAACAGUCAGUGCAGUGCCAGCAAGAUCCAAGAGAAAGGAAACGUGGGAAGAAGAAAAAAAAGUGUUUUUUUAUGCAACCCAACCGAGAAACACAAAGAGACUCGAAACAAGGAGAAAAGACUGUCACACCACUGCCUGCCUAUAAUAAAUUUCAAAAAAGUACAGAACCAAUAAUGUAAUUUUUUAAAAUGAUUAUUUCCAGAGUUUAAUUUAAAUAUGACACACUGCUCUUUAUAUGUUUUUAUAAUAUUAUUUUGUAUAUAAUGCAUAUUUAUAAGGACCAAACUUCUGAAGAAUAAAACUUCAUUGAAAACUG